AUGAACAAUAAAUUUUUUCCUGCUAAUUUUAUAUUCAUAAUUAUACUAAUUAUAGGUACAAUUAUAUCAUUAUCAUCCUCUCAUUGAUUAAUAAUAUGGAUAGGAUUAGAAUUAAAUCUAAUAGGAAUUUUACCAUUAAUAAAUAUUAAAUCUAAAAAUUUUGAAAUUGAAAGAUCAAUAAAAUAUUUUAUUAUUCAAUCAAUAAGAUCAUCUUUAUUUAUUAGAAGAUCAAUCUUUAUAUAUAUAUCAUCAAUUUCUAUAUUUUCAAUAUUUAAUAACUCAAUAUUUUCAUCUAUUAUAAUUAUUUCAUUGUUAACUAAAUUAGGAAGAGCUCCAUUUCACUUUUGACUACCAUCCAUAUGUAAACAAAUAAGAUGAAUAAUACUAUUCUUAAUUUUAACUUGACAAAAAUUAGCACCACUAUUUAUACUAUCUUUUAUUAAUUCCAAUUAUAUUAUUAUAAUUUCAUCAGCUUUUAUUAGCUCAAUUCUAGGUAGAAUUCAAGCUAUUAAUCAAUCUAGCUUACAAUUAAUUAUAGUUUAUUCAUCUAUUUCUCAUUUAGGAUGAAUAUUACCAAUCUGUUUUACUAAUAACUCCCUUAUAUUUAUAUAUUUAUUAAUUUAUAGAAUCAUCAUUCUCCCCAUAUUUAUUAAUUUUUCCAUAAAAUCAACUUUAUUUACAUAUUCUUUAACAGAACAAAACAUACUUAUAAAUAAAGAAAAUAUUUUUAUUAUAAUAUUAAUUAUAUCACUAGCAGGUAUUCCCCCAACAUUAGGAUUUCUAUCAAAAUUAAUAAUUCUAAAUUCACUUUUAAAUAUAGAUAUAAUUCUGUUAUCAUUAAUAUUAUUUAUUGGAACUCUCAUUAGAUUAUACUUCUACUUAAACUUAAUUAUACUAAUAAUAAUCAAAUCAUUUCAUACAUUUAAAAUAAAUAAAAUAGUUAUAAAUAUAAAAUCAAUUAUAUGUUUUAAUUUAUUGGGAACUAUCAUUUUCAUUCCUAUAUUCUUAUAUGCGAUGAAUAUUCUCAACAAACCACAAAGAU